AAAAUCACAAGCAUUUUACGUUCGUCGUGGUCCUACACACGUUCCAGUUUUCGUCCAAACUCACAGAAACGUCAACAUUUGUUUUUCGUUACGUAAAUGGCUAAUUACACCACUCAUAUUUAACCUAAAUAUUUCCUACAUUCGAUAGAUUUAUAUUCGCAAAAUAAUGGCAAAUAAGGACAGAAACAAAACGAUUUUGCUGGAAUUGGGGAAACUGCCAGAAAACAACCAAUGCGCAGACUGUAGCGCGCCGGAUCCUGACUGGGCGUCCUAUAAGCUGGGUGUAUUUGUGUGUCUGAACUGCUCUGGAGUGCACCGCAACCUGUCCAACAUCAGCCGCGUUAAAUCCAUACGGCUCGACUUCUGGGAUGACGAGCUAGUGAAGUUCAUGAAAACCAAUGGAAAUGCCACAGGCAGAGCCAUCUAUGAGAAAGCAGUCCCAGCAUUCUACUACCGGCCCCAGCAAGAAGACUGUGCCGUCUUAAGGGAGCAGUGGAUAAGAGCAAAAUAUGAGAGGAUGGAAUUUACCGGCGAGACAAAGUAUCCCCCACUGGCCUACACGACAGGUUUCUAUGAAGGGAUGCUGUGGAAGAAGGGGAAGGAGAAGGGACAGUUUCAGAGAAGGAAGUUUGUUCUGUCUGAGAAGGAAUUCACCCUGGCUUACUUCAACAAGGAGGAUCUGUCCAAAGGGCCCAAAGCGCUCAUCUCCAUCAAAGACGUGAAUGUGACCUUUCAACCUGAGAAAAUUGGUCACGCCCAUGGUCUGCAGAUUACCUACCAGAAAGACAGCCACACCAGAAGUAUUUUUGUCUACCACGAAAGUGGAGAGGAGAUUGUCAACUGGUUCAAUGCCAUUCGAGCUGCUCGCUUUGCCUACCUGAAAACAGCAUACCCCACAGGAAGUGAUAAAGAAUUGAGGACUAGAAUUACCAGAAACUACCUCAAAGAAGGAUACAUGGAGAAGACAGGUCCUAUGCAAAAGGAGACGUUCAAAAAGAGAUGGUUCAUCUUGGACUCCCAAGACAGGAAGCUCCUUUACUUCAAAAGCCAGCUGGAUGCUGAGGAGCUGGGAGUUGUGUUCAUCGGCACAGAGACCAAUGGUUACUCAGUGAGUGAGUGCAUUCCCAAAAGGACCAGAGGCAACCGGUGGAGGUGUGGAGUCACAGUGGACACACCGGACCGCCAGUUUGUCUUCAUGUGUGAGCAGGAGAGGGAACAGAGAGAGUGGGUGGAGGCCCUCAGAGAGGUCAUCUCUAAACCCAUGCAGCCCCAGGACUACACCACUGAAGCCAACAUCCGAGGGAAGAGUUGACUUUGGAGAGAGAGCCGAGGGAAGAGUUGACUUUCGAGAAAGCACUGACUUUCGAGAGAGAGAUUCCACCAACAUUGGCUGCAAAACCCACUCUGAAGACUCAUCUACACUGAACAAAAAUAUAAACACAACAUGCAACAAUUUCAAAGAUUUUACUGAGUUACAGUUUAAAUAAGGAAAUCAGUCUGUUGAAAUAAAUUAAUUCAGACCUAAUCUAUGGAUUUCACAACUGGGAAUACAAAUAUGCAUCUAUUGGUCACAGAUACAGAAAACCAGUUAGUAUCUGGUGUGACCACCAUUUGCCUCAUGCAGCGCGACAUAUCCUCUUUGCAAGUUGAUCAGGCUGUUGAUUGUGGCAUGUGGAAUGUUGUCCCACUGCUUUUCAAUGGUUGCUGGAUACUGGCGGGAACUGGAACACGCUGUCGAUCCAGAGCAAUCCCAAACAUGCUCAAUUAGUGACAUGGUUGGUGAGUAUGCAGGCCAUGGAAGAACUGGGAUUUUUUUUUAUUCCAGGAAUUGUGUACAGAUCCUUGCGACAUGAGGCCGUCCAUUAUCAUGCUGAAACUUAAGGUGAUGGCGGCUGAUGAAUGGCACGACAAUGGGCGCGACAGGAUCUCGCCACGGAGUCUCUAUGGAGUCAAAUUGCCAUCAAUAAAAUGCAAUUGUGUUAAUUUUCCGUAGCUUUAUGCCUUCCCAAAUCAUAACCCCACCGCCACGAUGGGGAACUCUAUUCACAACGUUGAGCUUCCCUGAGACCGUUUCUGGCAAGUUUGUGCAGAAAUUCUUCAGUUUUGCAAACCCACAGUUUCAUCAGCUAUCUGGGUGGAUGGUCUCAGAUGAUCCUCCAGAUGAAGAGACCGGAUGUGGUGGUCCUAAAAUUUUAGAGAAAUAAAUUUUUUGGUGCAUCGGGAACAUUUCUGGGAUCUUUUAUUUCAGCUCAUGAAACAUGGUACCAACACUUUACAUGUUGUGUUUCUAUUUUUCUAUUUUCUAUUUUAUUUUUUACAUGAUUCUACUGGAAUUAUUGAAAAAUGAAUUGGGGCAGUACUGUCUCACCACAAAUGAUGGACAAACUAGAUGCCUUGCUCGGCAUGGAAGGUAAAAUUCUUAUUCUCAAACCUUACGUAUUAAAAUGGCAGAGUUGUGUG